UAAAAUAUCCCCGCAUCUGGCAACAACAUCCGCUUCGUUUCCCCAUGCAUCAUUGUAUCAUAAGAACCGUAUUCAAAUAUCUAAUCAAACUUAAAGUGAAAAUCUAUGUAAAAUUUAAAGGACCCAAGGCGAUUAGUGCAUCCAAUUGCCAUAACAGAUGGCAGGCCAUUGGCAACACAAUUGGCCACUCUAUAUUCGAAUAUUGCAAACACAUUUUAAUAGUAAGUGUUUAUAGAAAUGUAAGACGCAUUUUAGGAAUUUGCCCUAUAAGACUGAUAACACUAAAGCGAAUAAUCACACAACAACAACAACAACAAACAGAACCAGAACAACAACAACAACAAAAAGAAAUUCCUAAAAAUUCUCUCCUUCAAAUAAAAGAAGUCAAAGAAAGAGAACAAAACCAAAGAGAAGAUAUAAAGGAAACGGAAAAUCCCAAAGAAAACGGAUUGGCUACACUUAAUUAUGCCAGCCUCAAAAUUUGCGAAGGAAACAUACACAAAAGCUAUAAAUCGUAUAUGGCAACUCUGCAAAAUUCCAAACACUCAAAAGCAAGAAUGUUUAAAAGCAAAAGAAAAUUGGCAAUGCGAAAAAUUCAACGCCCAAAGGCAAGAGUGUUUAGAAGCAAAAGAAAAUUGGCAAUGCGAAAAAUACAGAGAAUGACAACAUCACGUUAUCUUCAUUUGUCAGCAAAAAACUUGAACUAUAUCGAGCAAAGCGCACAUGCUGUUAAUGCCGGACUUGCCAAUCAUCUCAAAUGUUGUCAACAAAAUGUGGCAAUGCGAAAAACAUCUUGCAAUGAAGACAAACAACAAAAAUCAAAGUUAUAUUCAAAUAUAUUCACAACAUCAACACAAAUUGGGCUACCACGAGUGUUGCCAACUAACCUCUCACAAGAAUGUAGAAAUAAUGAAAAUGAAGUACUACAAAUGGAAGGACAAAUAUCAGGCUAUGAAAUAAAAACAUCUUCAGAUAUUUUGGAAAAUAUAACAAAAAUGUCCAAGAUUUUAAAUUAUGAACAAGAAUUGCCAAUCAUUGAAAAUCAUUGGCAACUCAGGAGUGCAAUGGAGCCGAAAUAUAAGAAAUCAGACAAUGAAAUUAUUGAUGUUUCCAAUAUGCUCGCUCCCAGUCGUUACAAAGAAUCUCGCUUCCCAACAAUUAAAAACCAACACAAGUUGGCAACACUUCCCUUAAAAAUAGAGGUUAUUCUAAGCAACAGACAAACAUUGUCGCAUAAAGAAAUGCUCGUAAAUAAUAACAAACAAAAAUUAAAAUAUUUCCAGAAAUUGAAAACACCGAAAUCUUCAUAUUUCCAUUGGUAUUAUUUUGAAGACAGGCAAAAUUGGUUGGCAAUGCCAAAAAGUAAACCAAACAUGUUAAAUAGUAUCAAAACAAACGAGUUUAAAAGAUUUUGCAAAAUGUUUACCGUGGCGUUAACAAUCUUUAGAUCCUAUCAUCAUUUAGCAACACCUUCAGCUUAUCCCCUUAUGCUACAAGUGUUUGUUAAACAAGAAAUUCCAGAAAACACAAGCAAAACUGCCAAAUUUUCGCAUAUCCAAAGAAGGUUGGCAAUUCAGAUAGCCUCCUGCAAGAGAAAGCCAUUGUCAAAUAAACGAAAAUGUGAUAAAUAUAAACAGCAUUUGACAUUAAAAACCAGAAGGCCAUCAAAAACAAAGCUAGAGAGAAUUUAUUUAAAAAAUUAUUCAAAGCUGGUAACUUUGGUAUGGCCCAAAAUCAACUGUAUGACUCAACAAGAUUUUCUUAAAACUUUAAGUGGUAAGGCGAUGUCUACAUGCUUGAAGAACAAAUUUGAAAAAUUUUCCAAAUCUCAAAAAUGGUUGGCAACUCGUACAGCUUCAUUAUUCGAAGGACGCCCAGAGCUUUACCAAAUUCCAUUAAGAAAAUCUAUGUUAUAUGUGUUAUACAGCCACAAGAACUAUAAUUCACUAAAGAUGUUAAAUGAUCAACUUAAGUUGGCAACGCUGCAUAUCUUAAGUUUUCCCAAAAUGCCGCCAAAUUUCCGAACAACAACUGAUGCCUAUAAAAACUGGCUAGGGCCAAUAAUCACUCACCGCUGGGUAUCAUCUACAAAUUUUCUAUCUUGGUUGGCAACACUUUUAAACGUUUCCCUUUUUAAAUUGCUGCACUUACAAAUCCAUCAAUUUGAAAUUUUAAAUCUCUGCCAAAUCCUUACAACUGCUCAGCAAUUUUGGAGGAAGGAUACUGAAAUGUCUGUCCAUAAAAGCCAAAUUGUGCUUUCCAAGGAAAACAACCAUUUACUGCUGCCAACAAAUACAAGAACAGCUACAACAACAACUCGAAGGCAAAUAACACCACUAACAGCUUUGGAAUUUCUUUAUAAAAUAAGACACAAAGUGAUGUUGGAAGAUGAAAAAGCUGAAAGCAGACAUACCAUUUGGGCCAGCAAUGGUUGCAUAUGGCACAAUUUCCAAGAAGACGAAUUGGCAACACUUAUGGCAAUUUGUUUAGAGUUGUUAACAAUUCUACAACAAAAGCUGCUGCAUACACAUUUCCAAGGAAAUGCCAAGGAAGCCAAAUCGGCAACGAAAAAGGUUUUGCCAGCCACACUCCAGGGAGAUGCCGAAAAAGUGGCAUUGCGAGGAGGCCAUGCAGAAGAAGCCAUUCAGCUACCAUCAUGGCAUUAUCGUAAUAAUAAACAUUAUCUUGUUUAUGGGCCACCAAGAUGUAGGCAAGCAGUACUGUGUGAGCAUGAAUCCUACCAGGAACCCAAGUACCAUCACAUCCUGUUUGCCAGAUAUUCUUGGCAGAUAUGCGGAUUUCCGUUAGUGUCAAAAGAAAAUUUCAAAUAUUUUUCAAACCUAACGGAGCGUACUCGAAUUGACUACAAAAACACCGCAACACUUCCACGAAUAGAUUAUAAUGGGCCUGAUAAUAGCAAGAAGGCGGCAGCCUCUACAGACGAGACUGUUCAUCAAGACCAAGUCGCCGCCGUCACCGUCACCGUUGCCGACGACAUCUACACUUCUUCUGUUGAUGUAUUACACCAAAGAAUUUCAAAAGCGUAUAGAAAAGCCCAAAACCUCUAUGCUAAUGGAGAUAGUCUUAAGACAACAACGGCAAACGCAUCCUCUUUGGCAAUUGUGUCCCAGACAUAUACAACGCACAAUGCAAGCACAAGCGAUUAUGGAGGGACUACUACCUCAACAACAUCAUCAUCAUCAUCCUCGUCCAUGUUGCCAAGCAGGGGUAAAAGAAGAAGGACAAUCUUCCCUUACUGUCAUUAUUAUCAUCAUUCAAAUUUUCCCAUAAAAUUACCCUCGUCCUGCUUCGCUUCAACAUCAUUAUCAUCGACAACAGCUUCAACCUCGUUGCUGUGGGGAAUGUCUUCCUCCUCUCCAUUACGCCGUAGCAGCACAACAACAUUAUUGUUGGUACUAUUCUUGCUAUUGUCAUCUAUGUGGCAUACAUCCGAGGCAUUUCAUGGCAGCGUCAAAUUGAGCACGAACACCAUAAAAACAAAAUAUGGCAUGGUGCGUGGCAUUGUUGUGCGUUCAUCGCCAUUAGUGGAAGCUUAUCUGGGCAUACCGUAUGCAUCGCCACCUGUCGGAAGUUUAAGAUUUAUGCCUCCUAUUACCCCCUCCACUUGGAAAAAUGUACGUAGUGCAGAUCGUUUUUCUGCUGUAUGCCCGCAAACCGUGCCCAUACCACCAAAUGGCCCCGAAGCUUUGUUGGAGGUACCCAGAGCUCGUUUGGCACAACUGAGAAGACUCUUGCCCUUGUUGAGCAAUCAAUCGGAGGAUUGUCUGUAUUUAAACAUAUAUGUGCCCUAUGAUAGCAGACGUCAUAAACGCUUUACCACCAACAGUGGCGAAACUGCUGACCGAAAUUUGCUGCCCACCAUUCUAUUUCUUCAUGGCGAAUCAUAUGAAUGGAAUUCUGGCAAUCCUUAUGAUGGUUCUGAAUUGGCAGCCCAUGGCAAUGUCAUUGUGGUAACCAUCAAUUUUCGUUUGGGUAUUUUUGGAUUCUUGAAAACCGGUGGAAAGGAGAGUGCCCAAGGGAAUUUCGGACUUAUGGAUCUAGUGGCUGGUCUGCAUUGGCUCAAAGAGAAUCUACCAGCUUUUGGAGGGGAUCCACAGGCUAUAACAUUGCUAGGUCAUGGAACAGGAGCAUCUUUGGCUAAUAUAUUGGCAGUGUCACCGGUAGCAAGUGAUCUUAUUCAUCAUGUGGCCUUGGUCAGCGGUUCCGCUUUAUCUCCCUGGGCCAUACAAAAGAAUCCUUUGUUCGUGAAACGUAGAGUGGCUGAACAGACAGGUUGCCAUGGUGAUAUGCUCUAUGAUGAUUUGGCUCCAUGUCUGCGUACCAAAACAGUGGCCGAAUUAUUGGCGGUUAAAAUUGAUCACCCACGUUUUUUAGUUGGUUUUGCUCCCUUCAUUGAUGGUACAGUCAUAUCACCCAAUACAGAUUCUAUUGGUAAACUAUCACUGCCUAUAGGUUCAGCUAUAGUUAGUACAUCAGGAAUUGAAUAUGCAAAUUUUCCUAAACGUAACCUCAUAUUCUGCCUAACAUCUGUGGAAUCGCAUUUAGAUCUAAGUGCUCAAGAUCUGGAAUUUGGCUUUAAUGAAACUCGAAGAGAUCGUAUACUUCGAACAUUUGUGCGAAAUAAUUUCCAUUAUCAUUUAAAUGAGAUAUUUGCCGUGUUGAAGAACGAAUACACUGACUGGGAGAAAGCCAUUCGCAGUCCUUUGAGUUCGCGAGAUGCCACGUUGCAAUUUUUAAGCGAUGGUCACACUGCCUCUUCUCUGAUUAAAUUGGGUUACAUGCAUAGCCUAAGAGGUGGCAAAGGAUAUUUUCUACACUUCAAACAUCGCACAGUGGAAGAGGAAUAUCCUCAGCGUACCGGCUCAGUGCGAGGCGAAGAUGUGCCAUUUUGGUUAGGCCUACCAACAUCACCAUUAUUUCCACAUAAUUAUACAACUCAGGAGAGACAAAUAAGUCGCUUAAUGUUAAGAUAUUUGGCUAAUUUUGCCAAAACUGGCAAUCCCAACCAGCCCUCAUUAUCAUCUCCCAUACCGCAGUCAUCAACAUCCUCAAUGAUUGGUCUACCCUUGGGGUUACUAUCUGCCAAAACCAAUGAAGAUCACAACAAAUACAAACGAUCGCCAUUGUACAAAACAUCUGUAAAUGAUACAUUAUUGUCUUCGUCAUCAUCCACAUCCUCGCUACCAUCCCCAUCUCCAUUAUCUUCUUCGUCAUCAUCAUCAAGUAGUAGCAAUGGUCCAAUUAAUUCUUCAACGCUCCAUACCAUAGAAGAUGUGGCAACUGCCGCCGCUAGGGAGGCACUACAUUUGGCUGUGCUCUACAAUCAACGCCGUACCAAGCGAACUUAUUUCAGACGUCACUCUCGCAGCAAUAGCGAUGAUCAAAAUAAUAUCAAUGGUUCUUCCGGGAGCAGUGAGGUGGGUAAUUUCCUAGGCCCCAGUGGUAAAUAUGAUGGUGAUGAAAUGCCUUUCUGGGAUGCCUAUGAUGUUGUGAAUCAAUUGUACAUGGAAUUGGGUAAUAAGGCCGAAAUUCAAAGUCAUUAUCGUGGCCAUAAACUGUCCAUGUGGUUGAAUUUAAUACCCCAACUGCACCGUCAUGCCAAUAUGAAUGAUCAGUCCAUGAGACAUCAUCAAUUCCAAGAUGAUCUGAACAAUAUGAAUCUCUAUGAAGGCAUAGUUCGAGCUCAAAUACAAACCAAACCGGCAGAUGAUGAUGAAAAUUUGCUACUGCCCAGGGGAAGACAAACACCAACUCCACCACCCUCAAAUUCACAGGAGACCAAUACCACACAAAAGCCGAGUACAGCUACAACAGAAUGUGGAGUGGAUGGAGCCAUGUUUGUUGCCGAAAUGACCACAGCACCUCCCACUGACAAUCGUUCCUUUACCGAGAAUCGAGAAAAAGAAAUGGCCACUGCCUCAACCGGUCUUAUAGGUAAUCUAGAAGUUUUAAGACGUUUGAGUGGUAAACAAUUUCAAAGUUAUACUACUGCUUUGGUAGCCACAGUGGCCGUGGGAUGUUUCCUGCUCAUCCUUAAUAUUCUCAUCUUUGCUGGCAUCUAUCAUCAGCGUGAGAAACGGGCCAGAGAUGCCAAAACCAAGGAGGAGCUGCAGGAUAAUGAUAACAGCAAAAAUUCCAGCAUUCUGAAACUCAAUGCCUUGGGCAGUGAGACUGGAUCCUAUAACGGCAGUGGAGCCGGCGUCAGUGGUAAAACCACUGUGGUCUUUGGUGAAUACAGCUGUUACGAUGAGAAAUCUGUGCAGACAAAGGAUGAGAAACUAAUGGUAGACUUGACACCCUCUCAAAUUGGUAUGGAUACAAAUUGGGCUGCUGCCUGCUCUACCAGUACUUUGGAUUUGCUAAAAACCAAACAUCACCUGCCCUUGGAAGCCACAUAUCCCAUGACCUCGAACAUUGUACCCAUAACCACAGAACAGCCUAAUGAGCAUCUAAUGGUGGUGAAUACCAUGGAAAUGGCCACCUAUAAUCCAUUACCCGCCAUGGUAAGUGGUAAUGCGGGGCUAAUACUGGAUCCCUCAAUUGCUGUUUCCGCCAGCCUACAAAGUAAACGUGGCUCAUUUGUAGGCUCCUCGGGUCAAUUGAAUCAAUAUGACUUUGCCUCGGUACAAUCAUCUGAUCAAAUGUCCUUCAAGGACAUAGAAAAUGCCGUCAAGGUAUCCAUGACUCGAGAUGAUGAUAUAACGCAAGAUGAUGAUAUACCCGAACCUCCACCACCACCAAAAUCAUUUCAAAAUAUGCAACAGCUUCAACAUCAGCAACAACAACAGCAGCAGCAGCAGCUUCAACAUCAGCAACAACAACAACAGCAGCAGCAGCAUCCGCAACUACAACAGCCUACAACAUCAACGAGUAGUGUGGGGGUUGGCACAGGUGGUGGCAUCUUGCGACAAGCGGGAACCUCGUCUGCCACCCAGACUGGUGGGGGCAAGAAACGUGUACAUAUACAAGAAAUUUCUGUCUAGUUAUAAGUAUUCCCUGGUACUUCAACACUCCCUCGGAUGUAAAAGAAUUGAUUAUUUCAAUUGUUUUUUUCAUUCAUCGA